AAGGUUCAUUUUGCACCCGGAAGGAAUUGCUUGACUUCUUCUCCAUCUUCUCCAUCAACCCAAAAUCAACAAAAAUCCGCCUCCUUUCAUCAUUUUACCUCUAAUUUAUUUGUUUUUCUGUUUGGCGAGCGGGAAUUUCCGUAAGAAAACGCGAGAAAAAGAGAGCGGCGGAUGACAUGUCGUGGAUAAGAAAUGCGGUGAACCUGGCAGUGGAAGCAGGGGCUACCAAUAGCCUCACUCGCACCGUACGGAACUACGCCGACUCUGUCGUCCUUCACGCCGGGAAUGCCGUCGCCGGCGGUGCCAGACUCCUCCUCCCUGAACGCAUUGGCCCUAGGAAUUUACAGAGUUUUAGGCUCACUGUGAAAAGAUUGGAAGAGGUGUCUGUUUCCUGUAGAGGGGUAGAAAGGGUUCAGCUACUGAGGAGGUGGUUGGUUGCACUUAAAGAAAUAGAGAGAUUGCCCAGCCUUUACAAUGUGAACAAUGAAAGAAGCCCUGAUGACCAACUUAACUUUGAUGAAUCCAUGGAAUCGCCAAAAAGACCUACGCUGGUUUAUUACAUUGACUCUGAUAUGGGAGAUGAACCAAAAACUUUUCGCGAUGUCUUUCUACAUAGCCAAGCACUUGAAGGCAUAACAUUAUCAAUGAUUCUUGAAGAACCAAAUGAGGAAGAAGUUUCGCUACUUUUGGAGAUAUAUGGGCUCUGUCUUACAGGAGGAAAGGAGGUACAUAAUGUAGUAAUGAGCAGUGUACAGAAUUUGGCAGCAGCACUUUCAUACUAUCAAGAUGAAGUACUGAUAAAACGAGAAGAAUUGCUCCAAUUUGCUCAAGGUGCAAUUGCAGGGCUGAAAAUAAAUGCUGAUCUUGCAAGAAUAGAUGCUGAAGCCUGCAGUAUAAGGGAAGAACUUGAUAAAGUGAUGGCACACCAAAAGCCUCGAAGUGAAGGUUGUGAAAAUUCAUCUGAGAAGGAAAGGGAUGCAACAAUAGAGAAUUUAAAAGAAGCACUUGUUGAAAUUCAACUAUGCUCCAGGUUGGAGGAUCUGUUAUUAAAGAAGAAAUCCUUGAGCAAUGGGGACUCCCCCGAGAUGCACUGUGAAAAGGUUGAAAAAUUAAAAGUAUUUUCAGAAUCUCUUGCUAACUCCACCUCACAAGCUGAAAAGCGCAUUUUAGACCACAGCAGGUUUCAGAAAGAAGAAGCACUCAACUUUCGUGUAGCUAAAGCUAAUGAAGUAAGCCAACUGGAGAAGGAAUUGGUGGCAGAGAUCGGACAACUUGAGAGGCAAAGAGAAGAACUCCAACAAGAACUGAAAAAGGUGAUUAUUUCAUUGAAGGCCGUUCGUGCACGCCUUCACAAUGCAAGGGAAGAAAGAGAACAGUUUGAUGAAGCAAGCAAUCAGAUUCUUGUACACAUAAAAUCAAAGGAAGAUGAGCUGUCAAGAUCCAUUGCUUCAUGUAAAACAGAAGUUGAUGUUGUCAAUACUUGGAUUAGUUUUUUGGAAGAUACAUGGGUUCUCCAGACCUCAUACACAGAGAAAAAGGAGAAGCAGGUCAAUGGUGAACUGGAGAGAUAUGGAGACCAUUUUGUGCAUUUGGUAAUCCAACUUCUCUCUACCUACAAGGAAAGCUUGGGAUCAUCCAUCGUUCGUAUUAAGAAUCUCGUGGAGAGCUUGAGGUCAAGUCAAGGAGCAAAUAUAUCACCUCGUAUGGAUGAUGGAAGUUCGAAAGUAAAUAACCCAAGAAAAACUCUUGAAGAGGAAUAUUUGGACAUGGAAGCGAAGUUUCUGACCACCUUAAGUGUAGUGGAGACCAUGAAAAGGCAGUUCUACGUUCAAACUGAAGGCAUUUUCAGGAGAGAUGACCAGAAGGUCAAAGACCUCUUUGAUGCCCUCAAAAAAAUAAAAGAUGAAUUUGAAUCCAUUGACAGACCGACAUUGGAAAUCGAAGCUUCACCACAAAGACCAGAGACACCGUCUAGUGAUAGGCCCCAAAUAAUUCCAUCUCCUACCUCUACCUCUCCAUUGACAUCUUCUCCAUUGACCACCUCUCCAUUGACUGCUGGACCUCCAGAACUCAAACUGGAUGAAGUAUCCAAUUCUUCCUUGAUUAAGGGAGAGAAGACUUUAGACCCAAAAGAAGAACUGGCAAAGCUAGAGCCAGAACACGGGAAGACCCCUCCAUUGACCACUGGGACUCCAGAACUCAAACAGGAUGAAGUUUCCAAUUCUUCCUUGAUUAAAGGGGAGAAGAAGACAGUAGACUCAAAAGAAGAAUUGGCAAAAGUAGAACCAGAACAUGGUAAGGCCCCUCCAUUGACCACUGGGACUCCAGAACUCAAACAGGAUAAAGUAUCCAAUUCUUCCUUGAUUAAGGGAGACAAGACACUAAGCCCAAAAGAAGAAUUGGCAAAACUAGAGCCAGAACAUGGGAAGGUUGGCAAAGAAGGCUCAACAGAGGAGAUUAAUGACUGGGAGUUUGAUGAACUUGAAAAGGACCUAAAAACCCCUAGCUGACCAGCAGGAAAUAGGCCAAGUUCAUACGGUGGAAUAUCCGAAUAUGUAUACUGGUGCAUUUUGAUCUCAUAACAAGGAUGGAUUGUGGCAUGUCUAGUGGAACAAGCAAGUUAGUAGCUUUCAUUUCCAGACAAGAUGCAAUGCUAUGUAUUUACAGGCAACACUCCUCAUAGGUUGUAAAUAAAAAGUGGACAAACAUUCGAGCGCUUAGGUUUAUCGAAGUGUGUAAAUUCUCGUCUUUGAUUACAAGAUGUAGAUACCUUAAAAAGUUAAAAGCAAAUUAAUUUCUCCUGUGUAUAGAUACCACAACCAUG